AUGGCGGACCUGUUAGCAGCAUUCCCAGAAGAAGGAACUACCGCACUGCAUGAAGACCUUCCUAUGGAGUUUCCAGAAAUCUCUUUUAUCAAAGAAGAGGCGUGGCUUUUAUAUUUUGAUGGUUCUGCUACUCCUAGUAAUAAUACUGGAGGAGCGGGUAUAGUUCUAGUGUCUCCAACGGGUGAAUUAUUUUCACAUUCUUUCAAGUUGGACUUUCAGUGCACCAACAAUUCGGCAGAAUACGAAGCUUUCCUCAUAGGAUUGUCACUAGCCAAACAAGCAGGGGCCACACACCUUGAAGUAAGAGGCGACUCUAAAUUGUUGUUCAAUCAGAUGAAUGGAGUAUACUCACUCAAAGAGAUGUCGCUGGCCCCUUAUAGAUCCGAGGCACAAAAGCUACUGAACUACUUUGCCGAUGCAACCAUAACUCAUAUCGGCCGCAAUAACAACAAACACGCUGAUUGCUUAGCUACAUUAGCGUCAAAGCGACAAUUCGAAGGUUUGGAAGAAACCUUGAUCGUGAAAAGACGGACUCUAGCGUCAACAUGGAUCUCACAAUCUAAAGGCGCUGAAGUCAACGACUGGAGAACUACGAUUAUUCAAGAACUAAACAGUUCGCUCUCUCAAGGAAAGGUCAGUCUCAAAACUCUGCAAAGCUUCUUCAUCCUUCAUGGAAUGUUAUAUCAUCGAAACCCAGAUGGCUCCUUGUCAAGAUGUCUCGGAGAUGAGGAAGCACAGCUGCAGCUUAACCGUGUUCAUGGCGAAAUUUGUGGACAAACGUCGGUGGUAACGCUUUACCGUCGCCUUCAAUGCCUCGACUAUUACUGUCCAGAAAUGGAAACUUCUAUCCCGAUUGCUACAAAGGUCUUGCUCCAAUUGUCAAAUACCACCACAUCAAUUAGAGAUUUUCAACGUGAGCCACGUUGGGGACUGGCGAGAGCCGUACGUCAAUUAUCUUCGUGA